CAGAGUUUUGGAUUCAAAGUACGUGGUCAAACAGUUCGAGGAGGCCCAAGAUGGUUGAUUAACGGCCACGAGUACCGUAACUUACAAACCGUGAGUGAUGUCCUACCGGAGUCCCCAGCUGAAGAAUGUGAAAUAGCAUUGAAAUGGAAGAUGUUGAUCAUGAUGAGUUCAGGGAAGUAAUGAAAACUGCUGGAGAAGAAGUAGAACUAGUGAUUGUGACUCCAUCAGAGGUCAAGAUGCUGGAUAUCCCAUCAUCAGUUGUUAUUCACAAGACGGAUGGGAGUGUUUUAACCAUUAAUGACACAGAACUUCUACGGACACAUACCAUAGAUGAAGCACUUCAUUCUGAAAUUGACAAUACUGGAAAACUGGAGGUUCAAGUGCAUAAGCCCCAAGAGCAAGAAAGUGAGAAAGUAGAUCAAAAUUUGAUUGAUAGUAUCAGUGACAAUCUGCCUCAAGCUGACAGUUCUGUAGAUGAAAAUGACACCCGUUGUGACAGCUUGUCAGAUAAAGAGUCUUUAUCAAUUAGUGAAGCAUCUGGAAAUCUCAUAGUGAAUGAGCUCCAAGAUGAAAAUCCUUCAGAGGAAAAUUGCCACAAAGAUGAGGUGAUUAUUCAACAAGAGGAUAGCGAAAAUGAGUCUGUAAAAAUCUCUAAUGGAGAAGAUAAAAUUGAUGAAAGUGUAAAAGAAGAUGCCAAAGAUUGUGAAAAUGCAGAUGUCCCCAUGUUUGAACAAAAUGAUGAGAUUAUUGACUGCUUCAGUGCAGAAGCAGUAAGUAACACAAGUUUUGAUAUAAUAGAGGCUAGCAGUGAUGACGAGGUUGGUCCAAACGAUCAUGGAGAUUGUAUUUCUUUUGUUGAAAGUUUUACUUCAAAUGAUGGUUUCAAAGGUGUAAAUGACUGGGAACAUACAAGAGAAGGUUCAUCUAUAACCAAUGAGGCAGAAAAUUUCACAAGAGAUUGUAGUGCUGUCACUUUGAAAAGGAAAGGUAUUAUCAAGUCACCUGAAAGGGAGGUAGAGGAUAUUCAAAAUCAAAUGAAGUUAAUGUUAUCUACAAUGAGGCACCAAAAGGUGAGACCUUUCUCACCAGAUAUCAUCUCCAACCUCUCACCUUACCACAACAACAAAUGUAUCAGGGAUGGAAAACACACGCGGCGAUCUUGGAGUUUUUCUCAGCGCCCGACUUCUUUGUCAGUUUUGCAUCCAUCAGAAGCGUUACGCUUGGAAAGUCCACAUUUUGAAAAUGGUAUUUCAGUAUGGAGCUCCAAUCUUGCCAAAAAGCGAAAGGCAGGGUCUGUCCCAUCCGAGUGUCUGCCCGGCUCACUCAGAAAAGAUUUUAUCAACAUGUACCGAGCUUAUUCAUCAAGGAAAACAGCAAAUUCAGGACAAAGAACUCGAGAAUUUUGCGAUAAGAAUACUCUCGAUUUUCGAAAGACAAAUAUGCAGCAUAGCCAGAGCGUUAAUAGGUAACAAACUAAACAUUAGUGUUGACAACUAGGAUGCUGUAUUACGUUGUGAUGUUUGGUAGCGAUAUGAAACCUAGCACUGGAAAUAUAAAUUUAUUUUAUGAAGGUUCAUUUUCCUCUUUAGUGGGAGUUUCACUUUGGAAAUUUGGCUUGAAAUGAAUACGUAUUCAAAAAUGAAUAUGACAGUCAAAUCUUCAGCUGCCUGAUUUCGAAUCCUAGUCGAGGAAUCACAUUAGUCAAUUGGAUGAUGUUUCGAUAUUUUUUGGAAGACAGCCUUAACUUCUCUAAUUCUUUUGUAAUAUCUCCAUUGAUAUCGAGUGAUGCUCAGAUAAUUAAUGAGUAAGACCUGAAAAAUCUCUGGAUUGAUACUUUGAUGUAUUUUGACUUCUCGAUAAUUACCAAGCGGCAUCGAUUAUCGUCGAGCUAUGUUACAAUGAUGAUCGAAGAUAUUUCUUAUAUCUAUCAAUGAAUGGUUUACUGUAAUACAUCAACAAUAUUCGAUAAAUGCUUGAAUGGUUAUUGAGUAAGACUUUUAUCAAAUAGAACAUCUUUUAUGUACCGUGCUAAAAAUUCUGCUAUUUUUUCUGUAAACCUUGAAGUUUAAAUCCAUCGUAUAACAAAUGCAGUUUUUAACUCUCCCACACCUAUUAAAAUAAAGGGGACAGAACUUUAAGCAAAUAAGACUUGACUUGUAAAACUUACUUAUAAUCCUUGGUUAUUAUACCUUAUGUGCAGCGAUACGGAACAAGGGGAAGAUGGGGCAGGUGAGGGACAGAAAGUGCCUUUUUGGUCGCAGUGUCAUGAAGUGCCAGGGUCUACGAAAAGAUAGCUUCAUGCCCACCAUUCACAUAGGUUUCCUACAUUUUGUUCAUGCCUAUCAAAGCUUUCGACACAAUUACAUUGAGAAUUGGUGAGAAAUCUUCUCACAACAAGACACAACUCUAAAACAGGGCCUGGUUAACGGUGAUAACAAAAUUCAAGGUCCAGUCUUAUUGUGGGAAAUAAGACUUCAACCUUGGCACAUAAAACAAGAUAAGCAAAUAGCAAAAAUUUAAUCUUGAAAAUAAAAAAAUACUCUGCUCCCUUCUCUUUUGUCACUUGAAAGAUUUGUCUACGACUAGAAAUUCUACAUGAACAAAUUUUCAAAAGAAAAAGUCUCAAAACAGAGAAAUGUACUAUACAAUAGUUUCCGAAGUUAAGUGCAGCAAAACGUAAUUUGAUGUUCUUUGAAGCCAAACUGCAUAGUGUGGUAACAUAAAAAAUUUUCAAGAGAGUUCCCCGAAAUCCCCUCCUUUUAAAUCGGCUAAAAUCCCUCAACUACGUCUUCGUGCUUUUUGUAAAAGUCUGCCCCCAUUUCCCUAUAUACUCCUGGCAUCCUAGAUGUGAAUAUUUCAAAUGAAGCAUUAGUAUAUAUAUGCAAACCAAUAACAUGCUGUUUAUGUGUAUUGCAAUAUUUUUUUCAUUUUGAAGGGAAUAAAUUUUUUUGGUUAAAAUAACUAGUUUAUUUGUUUGUUUUUAAGUCAGAGGUAGCUGUGUAGUUGGUUUGUAAAUUAUACCUAAAGUUGUGCAAGCAUUCUCUUUUUGUGUGUACCAAAUGUAAAAACCUCUAUGUACUUAGUCUUAGUAAACGAGGAUAUCUAUACCUCUGAGUUUAUUCUGUUUUAACUCACUGCGUGCUACUUCUGAACAACUAGUUGGAGAAGCUUAGCUUCUCUAGAGCAAAAUAAUACAAGAACAUAUUAGAAGAAAAAGUUAUCAGUAGAUUUAUUUGUUGCAAAAAUACGAAGUAUGGAACGUGAAUUGAAGCAUUUGUUGAUGCAAAAAUAUUAAAAGUUUCAUAAUCUCCCCUAAUUGCUGUAUCUGUUUCCCCUUUGCCUCGUGCUCCUUUACCAAAUUGUGUAGAGUGUACGUCGUUGUAAAUAUGCACAAUGCAGCGUAUUUCUCAAAUGAAACGAAUAUCAAUCCUCGUUGUAAAGAAUACAUUUGCAAGCUAGCUUAGCAUUCACGUUACUUAAAACUAAGAUUCUCUACCGCCUUGAGCCGUUUCUUGCAUAAGUGUAUGAAAAAUACUCUUCCUUAUUCGUUGCUUAGAAUUUUCUUUCGCCCAUAUACCCGUACAUUUUUUACUUUCAGUUGCCGAAUUCCAAAUUUAAGCAGUAAGUGCAGAGACGUAGCCCUUUCCUAAUGAUUGUCAUUAACAGCCAACCUUCGCGUUUCUACCAUUCUUACGUCUCUGAACAAGUAUUCUAAUGUAGGUAAAACGACUAUCCUUUUUCGUCCAUCUUCGUUCCUAUCAUAAGUCUCCGAAGUUCUCUAUAAAUCAUUCAUUAGAAGCCAAUCUUGAAAACCUUUACUUUAAUAUCAGAUUUAAUAAAUUUGCUUGCACGUAUGUUAACGGCUAAUUUCACUUCACUUUCUUUCAUUUUGCUUCACCUCUUGCCUUAUUAGAAAAUUUAACUGCGCAUGCCUAGUUUGUUUGCGCCAGCUCUUGCUUCACAAAUGUCAAGCAGGUUUAUAGCCACCAAUGAUAGGCAACUGUUUAAGUGGUCGUGCAAUUACACUUACACUUUUGAGAACCAUUCUAGUUUAGAAGAUUUCGGCGGAAAGUUAGGCUUGUAUAACUACAGUGGCGGAUAAAAAGGGGGUAUGGGGGAGCUCAGGCCCCUCUUAUCAGAGAUCUUGUCGGAAAAUCUCGGCUUUCGUCGGAUAACUUACCAACGUUUAACGUGCCAAAAUGACUGCAAGAAAUCGUUCUGAAAGGUAUUUUAAGGAAAUAUAAAGGGCGUUUUUGCCAAAUUUUCCUUUCCACCCCAGGGGCCUCUAUAACCUCUAUGUGCUCUUGAACAUACCUGAUAUACAAUAAGCCAAAACUAAAAAAACAAACAAACAAUAUAUGACAAAAUCAACACUGCUUGCGAAUUGUAUAUCUCAUUUCAAUUCCGAAAAGAGUAGCCGAACUUUCCACCGGAUUCUUCAAAACAAACGUUUUUUUCAAACGUAUUUCCCACUGGAGAAAACAAGAUAAAAUGAAGAAAAUGAAGGUUACAAUUACUUCGCAAUAGUGUAUCGGUCGACCCCUUGUAUCAUCACUUGCCUUAGAUGAGAUAUCAAUCGAUGUAUCAAAAUCAUUAUUGGUUUUUCCUUUGGAUUGGGCGUGGUCAGCAAAGAGUCCGUAAGGGUCUCGCCCCAAAAGCACCUAUUUUCAUCAAAACUUGCAGUGAAAAAGUUUAGUAAAAAUUUGGCAUGAUCCAAAAUGUAACUUUGUUGGAAAAUUGUAGGCCUGAGCCUCCCCAAAUGAAAGCCUGAAUUUCCGCCACUGUAUAACUAGCAAGAAGUUUUAUUUCAUCAUCAAUUGCUUGUUUGGUCAUUUAGUGGUGGGAUGGAUUUGGAAACUAUACCUACCGCCCCUCAGUCCUCAGGCUUGAGUACAACAACGACAACUUUUGAAUUACCAGAGAGCACUAUUUUUAACUAUAUACUCAUCAAUUCUCAUAGGCUUACGUUCAGUACCAUUAGCAAGAAGUGUGUGAUCAGUAAGCCAAGGCCAUCACACAUUGACAACCUAAGGCAAGGUAGUUUUCCCGAUACACAUUGGAUAACAGUGCAUCAGGUUUUAUCCUCAUUGUGGGUAUAUCACUAUACCUGUCAUUGUUCAUAAAUUUUUAGGCUAAAACGCGCAAAAUUCGCCUGCUUUUAGUAUAAACG